AUGACAGAAGUGGCGCCCUCCAAGCAGCAGCAGCAGCAGCAGCAGCAGCAGCAGGCAACCGCCGAUGACAACCCGAGUGCAACCCCACCUGCAGGCGCCGUGCCCGCCAUGUUCCUCGGUAAGGAGGAGCGCAAGCGCCUCGCGGCGCAGCGGCGCCAAAAGGAGCGCGACGCGGCCGCAGCGGCCGCUGCGGCCGAGGCGGCGGCCUCGGAGGCUGCGGCUGCGGCUGCGGCUGCCGGGGCGCGGCGGGAGCGGGAGCGGGAGAGGGCCGCGCCGGGGGCGCCGGCGGGGCCGGACAAGCCUUUGCACCCCUUCUUCUCAGCGCGCCCCGAGGGCGGCGGCGGCGGUGCCGCGGGGGCCGCGGGGCCGGCGGGCACGGGCGGCAACGUGUCGGCGGAGCGGCUCAAGCUCGCGAUGGCGCCAGUGCAUGUGCUGCAAUUGGCGGCUGAUGAGAAGCAGCAGCAGCAGCAGCAGGCGCAGCAGGAGCAGCAGCACAGCAGCAGGCGCGACUUGCUCCGCUCGCUGCUCUCACAGCAGCACGAGCGGCAGCACGGCCGAGGGGCGGCGCCGCUCGACGGGCCCCCGUGCCUGGGCCUGAUGGGGGGCGGAGAGGACUGCAGAGAGUGGCACCUGCCCGCGGCCCUGCUGUCGCCGACGCAGCGCGCGCCGCUUCCAGCCGCCCCUUCUCCUGCUCCUGGUGCCGUGGCCUUGGCGGGGGCGUCGCCGCACCCCGUCCUCGCUGAGCUGGCGGCGCACCUGCGGGCCCAGCUGGUGGCAGCUGCCGCGCCCCAGGAAGCUUCCGUCCUGGACCUGCCCUCUGAGGCGGACCUGCUAGGGUGCCUGAUGGCAGAGCUCGAGGAGCUCAAGGCGCUCGCAGCCACCAACUGCGCCGCCGCGGGCGGCUUGGGCGGCGGCCCGCGCGAGCCGUCGCCACUGCCUUCGCCGCUGCCCGCGCCGGAGCUGGACAGCAGCCUGCCCGGCACGCCACGCGCCUGCGGCGCGGGCGAGGCGGGCGGCCCGGCUGCCGCGCCGGCGCUGGCAUCAUCUGCGCAGGGGCAGACGCAGGCGGCGGCGCCGGCCGGCGCCGGCCAGUCGCUCGCGUGGGCCGCCAAGUAUGCGCCCGCGGCCACCUCCCAACUCUGCGGCAAUGCGGCUGCAGGCGCCGCGCUGCGCCAGUGGCUCGCCGAUUGGAAGGAUGGGGGCGGCGAGGGCGGCGAGCGCGGCGGCGGCGGCGCUGACGAGGACGAUCGGUUGUCGGAGGGCAGCAGCUGGCUGAUGUCAGACUUUGAGGACAGCCAGGAUUCGGGGGCCAAGGGGCGCGGCCGCGGUGGCGGGGGGCCCGAGGCGACGAGCAGGUGCGCCGCGGUCGCGCUGCUCGGCCCCGCCGGCUGCGGCAAGAGCGCGGCUGCCUAUGCAGUAGCCCAGGAGCUCGGAUACCACGUGUUGGAGGGCGGGCGCAAGCGGCUCGCAGGGGGCGAUGGGCGCGCGGCGGCGCGGCGCGGCGGAGGCGGCGCCGGCGAUGGGGGCGAGAGCAGCAGCAGCGGAGGGGAUUUCCAGCCGCGGCGGCGCCAGAAGCGCGCGGCUGUCAAGCAGCCCGCAGCGGCGCAGACGCCGCCGGCGGCCGGCCCGCGCCCCAACCCCUGGGCUGCGCGCCUGCUCGCCUCCGCGGACGGCGGCGCCCCCGGCACGCCGGCCGGCGCGUCGCCGGCGCCGGCGCCUGGGACGCAGCAGGACGCGCAGGCGCCGGGGACGCAGCAGCAGGCGCGGCGAGCCAGAUCAGUCAUUCUCUUUGACGAGGCGGACGUCCUACUCAGCCAUGACCGCGGCUUCCUGUCUGCUCUGCUUCCGCUCGUCCGCGCGGCCCGCUGCCCCGUCCUGCUGUGCCUGUCGUCCCCCGCGCCGCCGCCCGCGCUGGACGGGCUGGCGCUGCGGCGCGUGGAGCUUCGGGCGCCGGGCGCGGGGGAGCUGCUGCGGCUGCUGGCGCUGGUGUGUGCGGCGGAGGGGGCGGGCGGCGGCGUCUGCCUGCAGAUGCUGCGGGGCAUCGUGCAGGAACAGGGCCCGGAUGUCAGGGCCUGCCUCACUGCCGCGCAGUUCUGGUGCAGCUCGACGCUCCAACAGCAGCCGUCCCAGCAUAUACGGCAGGAGCAGCCGCAGCCACAGCAGCAGCAGCAGCAGCAGCAGCAGCAGCCGGUUCGUGGCGCCCGCUGCGCCAUGGCGCCCUGGCGCUGGCACGAGCCUGGGGACCAGAUGUGGCGGCUGGCCUGCCUGGCCCAUGGCGCGCUGGCUGCGGCGGCGCCCGCGCUGACCCUACCCCUCUGCGAGCAGCAGCGGCAGCAGCAGCAGCAGCAGCAGCAGCAGCAGCAGCAGCAGCAGCAGCAGCAGCAGGAGCCAGGCAAAGCCACCAAGGAGGCUGAGCAGCGCCGCGCCGCGGCCGCGGCAGAGCGGCGGCGCCUUCAUGGGGAGGCCCACACCGCGCGCCUGGCGCGAGAGGCGCUGCGUCUGGAGCUCGCGCGCACGCAGGCGCUGCGGCGUGCGGCGGCCGCCAAGGCGCGGCAGCGGGCGGCUGCUUUCUGCUUGGAUGAUCCCGGGGAUGGCGGUGGUGGCGGCGGCGGCUUGACCGAGGAGAUUUGGAUGCCUGGGGAUGACGGCGACAACGAGGGAGGGGUCGGGGAUCGUGAAGGCAGCACCCCCGCCGCGGCCACGGCGCGCUGCGGCAGUGGCGGCGGCCGCGGCGCCAGGCGCGGCCGGGGCGGCAAGGCGAAGGCCGGCGGCGCGGCGGGCCGCGUGGCGGCCCUCGCGGCCAUCGCGGCGGCGGCAAACAGGCGCGCGGCGGCGGUGGAGGCGGCGGCGGCGGAGUCGUCGGAUGAGCCCGCAGCGUCUGAGGAGCCGGCGGCCUCCGCUGACGCGACUUCGGCCGACCCUGAGCAAGAGCUGUCCAGCCCUGCGCCUGUUGGCGCACUCGAGCAAGGACAGCCGCAGGCGCCCGGCGCGCCGCCAGAGGGAGGAGCGGCGUUGGCGGCGGCAGCAGGGUCGCCCGAUGCGGACGAGGCGGGGCCUGCUGAUGCGGCGAGAGCAGCAGCAUCGCUCGAAGCCGCUGCAGCAGCACCGGAGGGCCCGCAUGCCGGCGCCGGGCCCGGCAGCAGCAGCCCCCGAGCGACGGAGGCGCUGCCAGCCGCCGCCGCAGGCACGUCAGCGGCGGCAGAGGGCGCAUCGCAGGACCCGUCUUUGCUUCCUGAGGUGCCCGCCCCCGCGCCGCUCGCGCACGCGGGCUGCGCGGCCGCGGCGGCCGCCGACCCUGCCGCCCGCGCGCUCGCGGCGCUCGCGGCCGCGGCGCGCGCCCUCGGCGGCGCGUGGGCGCCGGGCGCAGGCGCCUGGCUGGCCGACAUGGCCCUGCGGGACGAGGACGGCGGCUGCCUGGCAGCUGCCCUGGAAGCUGCCGACGUGGAUGCGGGCGGCGGGCCCAUGACGUCGGAGCCGCGGGCGCCGCACACGGCUUCCGACGGCGGCGCGGCCGCGGCGGCGGGCGCGGCGAUUGUCGCGCGUCUGCUGGCGGCGGCCGCAGGGGCUCACUGCAACGACGGCCCCGCUGCCCUAGCCUGCAGCGCCGACGGGCCGGGGGUGCUGCGCUUUUUCUACCUGUCUCGCGCCCUCGUCCUCGCUGCGCCCCGCGCCGCCGCGCACGGUCGCGCGCCGUCGCUCCAGCGCGCCGCCGCGCUCGCGGCGCUGUGCCGCGCCGAGGCCGCGCGAGAGGCGGAGCACGCGGCGGCGGCGCGGGGCGUGCGGGUGCGGAGGGCGGCUGCGUUUGAGCACCACCUCAGGCGGCAGGCGGCAGCCGUGGUGGAGCACCCCCACCUGCUGCGCGCCCUGAUCGCCGCCUCUAGUUACGGCCGCGGCAGCGGUCAAGGAAAUGGCGGCUGUGGCGACGUUUGA